AUGGUUAGCAUGAAUGAGAUGGCUGAGAUUGUUCUUAGCUUUGAGAACAAAAGCAUACCAAUCCAACACAUUCCUGGUCCAGAAGGUGUUCGUGGCCGCAACUCAGACAAUACUCUUAUCAAAGAGAAACUUGGCUGGGCUCCAACAAUGAAAUUGAAGGACGGGCUGAGAAUUACAUACUUCUGGAUUAAGGAGCAACUGGAGAAUUACAUACUUCUGGAUUAA